UAUGCAUAUAUUCAAAAUUUUUGGAGAACGAUACGCAAAAGCCACAUCUAUUCGGUUUCAUUUCUUUAUUUUCCUUUGGAAAGAAUGUUUAGAAUCAGCAGCAGGUUAUCUCUACCCUACCCCUGUUAGUAUCAUUUAUGGAACUCGUCGACCAGUUGGUAGUCAGUGUCCAACUUCGCCUUUUCCUCGUAAAGAUGUGAGAAGAACCAGGCUUUUCUAGUCAUUUUAGUCACCAUGUUGUAGAACUGACUUCAUUUCCAGAAUGAAUCAGCUUCAAAGCCUUCUUCAUGAUUCUUUGAUAGCAACGGGUCACGUUCAACAUUGUGCUAUAAUUCGACGAAAGGACACUUCGCUCCGAGCCAGCACUGUCGGCUUUUCGCCAUCUUUGGACAAUAUACAUGCAUUGGUUCAUUCCUUUACAAACAGUGCUCACGCCAGAAAGGAGGGCCUUAAAUUCCAGGACACAAUUUAUGAAUGUGUCAGGGCUGAUAGAUUCUCUGUUUAUGCAAAACACGAAAACAAUGGAAUAAUCUUGGUGCGUACAGCUACUUUGCUGUUGGUGGGCACAUAUACACCAGAAAUGAGUCCAAGUAUUUGUGUUGAGGCAGUUGAAAAACUAGACUAUUUCAGGGAAAAAGGGAAGUGAUCAGUGCAACACAAAUCACUAUCCCAUAUGUUAUAAGACAGAGUGUUCCAGGAUUUUUUAGAGUUGAAAUUUAUUGAUUGAUCCAGCACACAUUUCUUGUAGGAACGAAUAUGUGAUUCACAUUUGAAACAAUUUGUUAGAGCCAUGGGAGAGGAAAACAAUCUGCAACCAAUAUUGACAGAAAGAUAAAGUGAAUUCAGCACAACCUAUGCAAGAAAAUAUGGUAGUUUAUUUAUUUUAACUUGAAAACUUUUCAAUUACCUUUUACAAUUAUAAUAGAGCAAUUUAAUAGUGUAGCCUUCAACUUAAACAACAUGUUUACACAAUUCCUUGAUGAUGUACAGUGUGCUUUGUUGAAGAAAAUCCUAGAAAACAGUGUUUAUUAUUAUUCUUA